GACAUAUUGACAUAUAUAAUAUAUUUAUAUGUCUAUGGUCGAGAUCUAGAUCUUUAUAUAGACUUUUUAUCUAGAUCAAGGUAUUAGUUGGCAAUACAUCAUGGAGACUAUAGUAAAGCAUGUUUUUGUGAAUCAGAGAAAGUAUCUUCCACUAUUGAGCCAAAUAAGAAAGUUAAAUCUUCAGGAAUUUCAAAGUAAAAAGCUCAUGUGUGACAAUGGCAUUAGUGUUCAGAAGUUUGAAGUAGCAGCAUCAAAAGAUGAUGCAGUCAAGAUUGCAUCAAAGCUCAAAGUCAAAGAAUAUGUCAUUAAAGCACAAAUUCUGGCUGGUGGAAGGGGUAAAGGAGUGUUUGAUACAGGUUUCAAAGGAGGUGUGCAUCUGACUAAAGACCCUCUUAAGGUUGAAUCUUUAGUUGACAGUAUGCUUGGGCACAAACUUGUCACCAAACAGACAUCAAAGGAUGGUGUGACUGUUAGAAAGGUAAUGGUUGCAGAGGCGUUGGAUAUUUCUCGUGAGACAUACUUUGCUAUUCUAAUGGAUCGUAGCUAUGGAGGUCCUGUGAUGGUGGGUAGUCCAAAAGGAGGAAUGGAUAUAGAAGAAGUGGCUAAAAAGGAACCAGAUGCUAUAUUUACUGAACCGAUUGACAUAUAUUCCGGACUUCAUCUUAAUCAAGCUUUGAAAAUGGCAGAAAACUUAGGUUUCAAUGGUCAGAAACAGAAAGAGGCAGCAGAACAAAUGAUAAGAUUGUAUAAGCUAUUUCUUAAAGUGGACGCAACUCAGGUAGAGAUCAACCCAUUUGGUGAGACUGUAGAUGGCAGAGUUGUUUGCUUUGAUGCCAAAAUAAACUUUGAUGACAAUGCUCAGUUCAGACAGAAAGACAUUUUCUCCAUGGAUGACAUGGCUGAGAGUGAUCCUAGAGAGGUUGAGGCUGCCAAAUAUAAUCUGAAUUACAUUGGAAUGGAUGGAAAUAUUGCUUGUCUAGUGAAUGGAGCUGGACUAGCCAUGGCUACAAUGGACAUAAUUCAACUUUAUGGAGGAUCACCAGCCAAUUUCUUGGAUGUUGGUGGAACAGUCACAGAAAAUCAAGUGUUUCAUGCUUUUAAACUUCUCUCAGAUGAUAAACAGGUUAAAGCAAUACUUGUGAAUAUCUUUGGUGGUAUUGUCAACUGUGUUACAAUAGCCAAUGGAAUCUCCAAUGCUUACAAAAGUAUGCAGUUGUCACUGCCUUUGAUUGUUCGUUUGGAAGGUACAAAUGUUACUGAGGCCAAACAAAUCUUAGAAAACAGUAAAAUGCCAAUUAUUACAGCAAAUGACUUGGAUGAUGCUGCUAAGAAAGCUGUCUCUAGUCUGAAAUAGUUUCAAGUAAUUAAACUGAUCAUUGUUGAAGCUUUUUCAAUAAUUAUGAAUUUUUAAAAGCUGUCUUAUUCCCUAGGCCUCAGGAAAUAGAAUGGCCUGGGCUUAAGUAUCAUUUGAAAACUAUGUUUGGGGGUAACUUUUUUUUCUUUUUUUUCUCAAAGUAAUAGUAACAGUCCAUUUUCUCAAAGAAUGAAAAGCUAUUCUCAUCGUAGUCCAUAACCAUUGUUUGUUAUAAUUACUAAGCAACAUGAGUAACUUUCAGAUCAAUCACCAAUCUUUGUUCACUAAUAUUCUCAUGUUGACCAAUGUUGAAUCCUUUCAAUCAAUGUAUGACUAACUAAUAAUGUAUGACUACUUUGAUUUAUAUGUUUAUGUAAAUUAUUGAUUGUUAUUAGAAUGUGAUUCCACUGUUCUCUGAUUAUCCUGUUAAUAUCUUGUUUAUUUAUUUGACAUGUAAUUUAUUGCUGUGUGAAACAUUGAUUAUUUGUACACAUGUAUUAUUUAUUCAGUGGGUAGUCAAGUUGACCAGAUCAACUGCUAGCAUUGUAUGUGGCGAUAUAUGGGGUUCACAGCGAACUGCCUUAUUUACAACAUAUCAAAUGUUCAUAUAUGCCAAUUGAAAUCAUUAUUCAGUCUCUUUUUUAGAUAAAAAUAAAUGUAAAACACAAUAA